AUGCCUCUGGAUAUCGACCCCAACUAUGUUCUGCAGGCCGGGCGACUGACGGCCAUUGUUGCAGCGGCGCCUCGCCAGGACGACCCUCGCUAUCCGGACUGGGAGGCGAGGAUUUACCUCGAAGUGAGUCAGCUUGAAAAGAGUUUCCCGCAGCCCUUGAAGUCGUUGAGGAUGCCUGGGAUCGUCAUCAGCGCGUUGCUGGAAUUCACCCGGGCAUACCAGCAGAAGGCCCUGGCACGGCUGGACCACAUAUCGAACGACGAUGAGAGGAUAUACAAGAGGUACCCUCUGGCUGUGCGCGAGUAUGGGGAGUGUGAGGACCUGGGAAGGCAGUGGUGGACUGAAGAUCCAUAUUGCAAGCUGCCACCGGUGAAGAGUACGCCAGCAGAGGGCUGGGGCAAUGUGCCAGCCGAUGACGACACCUAG